AUGAGUGCUACAACUAGUGCAAGGAGCAGCAGCAGGUUCCCUUUCACUGCAUCCCAGUGGCAAGAACUUGAACACCAAGCUCUCAUCUUCAAGUACAUGGUUUCUGGGACGCCCGUUCCUCCUGAUCUUCUUUACACGGUCAGAAGAAGCUUGGAUUCUUCCCUCUCCUCCAAACUCCUCUUCCACCAGCCCAACGUACUGGGUUGGAACUCAUGUUUCCAGAUGGGUUUCGGGAGGAAAAUAGACCCAGAGCCAGGAAGGUGCCGCAGAACAGACGGGAAGAAGUGGAGGUGCUCGAAAGAAGCCUACCCCGAUUCCAAGUACUGCGAGAGGCACAUGCACAGAGGCAGAAACCGUUCAAGAAAGCCUGUGGAACAACAACUUAUCACCACACCAAUCCCACCACCCCCAAUAAUAUCACCAUCUUCUAUCUCAAAUAACAACACAUCAUCCACAGCCACUCCACCAACAGCAAUACCCAUUACAUCAAUUUCCAAGAACCACCCCCAUCACCCUCUAGUCCCACCUCUCAUCACUCUUUCUCUUACCUCCAGGACUAGUCAUGAUCGUAUUUCAUCUGAAGAAAACUCCACCAACUAUUUUCUAGGUUCUGGCCCUUAUUCUCAAGCAAGCAAAGGCUACAGCAGCUACGGUCAAGGAGGGAAAGAGGAAGUGGAUGAGCAUGCAUUUUUCUGUGAAGCUUCAGGGACAGUGAGGAAUCUUUCAGGCGGUUCAUCAGUAGUAGAUCAUGAUGGAACUUCUUCUUGGCAACUAGCACCUCUGACGAUGGGUUCGCCUUCAGGCAGCCAUCUGAAGCAGAGGUCCUCUUACUCAGUUAGCAACGGAGGCCACUCUUCUUACUUGCAACUUCAAAGCCUUAAUCAUGACAACGACUACAACACUACUUCUAGACAACAAAAGCAAGCUAGCCAGCAGCAAUACUAUGGAUUAGGGGAUAGAGAUGACCAUCAGAACAAGAGAGUAAUGCACCGUUUCUUCGAUGAAUGGCCUCCCAAGGAUAACAAAGAUUCAUGCUGGCUUGAUAAUAAUGAUCAUCAUGAUCAUAAACUGUCAAAAAUCCAGCUUUCAAUUUCCAUGCCAAACGCUUCUUCACAUCAUGACUUCUUCAUGACCCGAAAUGGUGGACUCAAUAAUCUGCUGCUUUUCCAUGCUGUUGCUUUCAGACACUACUAGCUCAGCUCCGGUCUCUGGAAGAGCUUUUGGUUACUGUAGCAAAAUAGUGGUAAUAGGGGACCCCAGUGCCCACAUUUGGCUUUUGCGAUCUUGCUAGGUGUGGUUUUAAGGGUUUAGUCGCGACAUGCCCUUCUGAACAUUUGUCCGUGCAUAUUUGCCCCCUAACCUACCAGUUUUAUGAUCGCGGCCUCACAAGUUCCGGUUGAGGAUGA